CUGGCGGCCUAAUUUGUUUUGUUUAAUUCUGUGGGAUCCAUAAAUAACACCAUUUACAGCACCAUAAAUAUGGAUUAUUAUUCCCUUUGGAAUACCUACGAAAUACGAACCACCAUUAUAUUCGAAUCAAAUGGAAGGCAACUUUCUCUGCAGUGCACCAGCAUUUUUAUUCUUUCUUCUACUAUUUUCUAGCUACACAACUUUAGUCUAUAAUAGCACUGAUGCUGAGAACAUCAAAAAAUCAUGUGCUACAACACUGUACCCUCAAUUAUGUUGCAAAUACCUCUCAAGCUAUUCCAACAAGAUAAAAAACAACCCUAAAGUCUUAGCUACAUCUGCUCUAUCCAUUACCUUAUCGAUAACUCGUUCGACUCUACAAACGAUGAAGAACAUAUCCAGAAGUGGUGACUUGAAGCCUAGAGAAAUUGGGGCCAUGCAAGACUGUUUAGAGGAAUUGAAUGAUUCAAUAGAUGGACUCCAAAAGUCAAUGGAAGAAUUUAGUAUGAGCCAUGGUAAAGAUGACCCUAAAUUUGUACUUGAAAUGAAUGAUGUUGAGACUUGGGUAAGUGCUGCUUUAACUGAUGAUAAUACUUGCAUGGAUGGUUUUGAUGAGAGCAACAUGAAUGGCCAAUUAAAGACCAUGGUGAGAAAGUUCAUUUUAAGGAUUGCUCAUUUGGCAAGCAUUUCCUUGACUUUCAUAAACCAUUAUGCCGCGCAAUGAGAUAAAAUUUUAGUUAUAUAUACGAAAUAGUGUACAGAAUUUUUAUACUAUCAUUAUAUCAGUUAAACCUGUAUGUUUGUUUGUUAGUUGGCUUAUAUGUAAAAAAUUAAAGUUGCUUUUUUUUUUUCCCUUUCAUUUGGGGUUUGGGGGAAGGGACGGGGGGUCCCUUUUAAGGCCAUUUGUUUAAUUAGUUGAUAAGUUAUGUGUAAUUUAAUGAUUUGUACUUUAGUUUGAUUUGGGCAGGAAAUUGUAUUGUUGUAUAUUUAAAAAAAAAUCUUGGGCUUUGAAUACUUAA